UCAGAUAGCUGUUGGUUGGACAGUCAUUCAACUACAGUCUUUGUUUAUUUGUAUCGUACCGUCAGUCUGUGUCUCAAGGGCACUAUAUUUAAUGGCACCCUAUUUCCCUAUGUAGUGCACUUCUUUAGACCAGGACCCAUAGUGGCUAUAUGAGAAAUACGGUGUCAUAUGGAACACACACACUACAGAUGUGGCCAGUUUACUACAACAGGAAAAUAAUCCGGCAACAACAACAACAAAUGUAAAGUGUUCAUUGGCAAUAAGAAGGAGAUUGCAGAGAAUAGAAUUCCAGAACUCAACACUUAUAUGAAGAGAUUGCUGGGCCUGCCUACCUGGGUUCUAUUGGAUGACGACAUCAGGAUGUUUUUCUACCAGACUGAGUCAGACAGUCAGCAACAACCACGAGCCCUGCGUCGCCUCCGACCCCCUACGCGUAGAGUGAAGACAGUCAAAACCAACCAGACAGAUGUCUUCUCCUCCCCCAGAGCUGAGGUGGUCUUCGACUUCAGUGGGAGCGGACGACUGGAGCUGAGUAUGAAAGCUGGAGAGGUGAUCUUCCUUCUGAGGAGAGUUAACACAGACUGGCUGGAGGGCACGGUGAGCAAUCGAACAGGUAUCUUCCCAGAAUCCUUUGUGAAGAUCAUUAAGCCCCUCCCAGAGAGUGACUCUGAUGGCGAGAGCGGUGGCGCUUCAGGUAAAGGGGCGGGGUCUUACAGCUGCCUGCGCUGCUACCUGCUCACACCCCAGGGCGUCGACACCAGGGAUGUGUGUGUUGAAGAAGAUAUCUCCACCCAGCCAUCAUACAAAGAACUAUUGGCACGCAUGAGAGAUGUGUUCAAGGUGGAUGGCAACAUCGCCCUGAACUACCGUGACCCUGAGGGUGACCUGGUGCGUCUCCUUGACGACGGGGACGUGGCGCUGAUGGUGGCCGAUGGGCGGGCGCAAAGGUCAAAGGUCAAGAGGCCUGUCAAUCAGUUUCCGUGGGAACUGCAUGUUACCGCGGCCUCUGACCUGUCUGUGUAUAAUACUGAGAUAUAAAGACAGGGAGAUGGAGGUUUUCACAUGUUUCUAUACUCGCUGAAGAGAGGCCAUUUUGUGUUUGCUUCAGUGUGUGCGUAUGCACGCUUGCAGGUGCACCUGUCUGUCCGUGCCCUUGUGCAUGUGAGUCUCGCCAGCUUGCAUCCGUAAUCCACUGCAAUGCAAACCUGCAUGUAGUAGUCCGGACUGAGACCCGGUGACAGGGUGACAGACUUUAAUUAAGGGGACAGACACUGGAUUGUAACACAUUACAGAAGUUAGUCUGAUUGAGCAAUGUGUUUGCAACCUAAAAGGUACACUAGGCCCUACAUAGUGCACUACUUUUCACCAGACUCCUAUGAGCCCCGGUCAAAAUUAGUGCACUAUAUAGGGAACGGGGUGCCAUUAGUGAUGACACCUUAGUCACAUUCAUUAGUAUGUCUGUGUUUGGUGGCUUUAAACGUGUAACAUUUCACCUGUACUGUUGAGUAAAUGUUAAUAUAAGGACAUUUUAAUAACGUUUUAGAAACUUGUGUUCUAUUUCUCCAUAUAUUCUGUUGUGGUCGUAGUAAUGCUUAGCUAUGCUCCCAUUGUGUUUUCUGUCAGUAAAAAUACACUAUUGAAAUAUA